AGUGUUUAGAGUGUUUAUCUCCAUGGAGUUACCCCUCGCGUCUCAGCGCCACACUGCCGGCUAGGAGAGCGCGGGUCACCUUACACCUGGAGAAUGCCAGAGAGGGUGCAGGACUUCCAGGGCCAGAGCUACCACAAGCUGAGGCGGGCGUGCCGUCACCGCGGCACGCUCUUCAAGGACCCCCUGUUCCCCGCCGCCCCCCAGUCCCUCUUCUACCAGCGGGAGCCUCCCGCUGGCCUCACGUGGAAGAGACCCCGGGAGUUGUGCAAGGACCCCCGUCUGUUUGUGGACGGCCUCAGCACGCGGGACCUGCACCAGGGCAGUCUGGGGAACUGCUGGAUGGUGGCAGCCACGUCCUGCCUGGCGUCCGAGCCCACCCUGUGGAAGAAGGUGAUCCCGGACCACCGGCAGCAGGAGUGGAGCCCCAAGCGGCCGGAGCUCUACGCGGGCCUCUUCCGGUUCCGCUUCUGGCGGCUGGGUGGCUGGACGGAGGUAGUGGUGGACGACCGGCUGCCGGUGGGCCGCGACGGGGCACUGCUCUUCUGCCGCUCUGCCACGCCCAGGGAGUUCUGGAGUGCCCUGUUGGAGAAGGCCUAUGCCAAGCUGAACGGUUGCUACGAGGCCCUGGAGGGCGGAAAUACGGCCGAGGCCCUGAUAGACUUCACCGGUGGAGUCUCGGAGACACUGACCCUCGACCCCCGGACCCUACAUUGCCAUGCCGACCAGCAGAGGGCGCUGUACAACACGCUCAGUAGGGCCAACGACCGCCGAGCCCUGAUCACCUGCUUCAUACGGCCAGCAGAGGGCGAGGCGGUGGAGUCAGUGCUGGACUGCGGCCUGGUGCGCGGCCACGCCUACGGGGUGACCGCCCUUAGGAAGGUUUGGAAGGGGGACAAUCUACUCAGCCGCAACGGGAUGUCCCGCCUCCUCAUGAUACGCAUGAGGAACCCCUGGGGCACCACGGACUGGACCGGCACCUGGAGCCAGAGAUCUGAUGAGUGGCAGCAGCUGAAUCGCCCUGAGAGAGAAAAAAUGGGAAUCCAAGUCCGAGAUGUAGGAGAGUUUUGGAUGGAGUUUGGGGACUUCUGCCGCUACUUCACCGACGUGGUGCUGUGCCACCUGGUGGAGAAGGCCCGGCUGUGGUCCGGCUCCCACUGGAGGGAGGAGAGCUGCUUCGGGGAAUGGGCCCCGGCGCCGGGGGGCUCCGUUGAUCAUGGCGCCGUCCUCAGGUCCAGGGGCCUCACAGCGGGCCCCGGGCCAGCAGGAGGAGGAAGAAGAGAUGGCAGGCAAAGAGGGGGCCGCAAGGAGCCCCGUCUCGGGGAGAGACAGCGGGCUGUGGCGAGAGAAGGUGGAAAAGAGAGGGUUGUGAAGGAGAAAGCAGGGGGAGCCAAUGAAGAGGAGUCGCAGGGAAGGUGGAGCAAGGAGGAGGAGGAGGAGUCACAGAGUGUAGAGGUGGAAGGAGAAUGGGGGGCGUGUGUGGAUAAGAGGAGUCGAUGUGGGGGAUGCAUCAACCAUAUGGAGACGUUUCUACACAACCCACAGUUCCUCCUGGACGUCCGUGGUCGGGAGGAGGAGGUGCUGAUCUGUCUGCAGCAGGAAGACCGCAGGAGGCGCCGGAGAGAGGGGCGAGGAGAAAACCUGCCCAUCGGCUUCGAGGUGCUGAAGGCCAAGAACAGCAUGCCUCCCUGUGUCUGGGCCGUCCAGGUGGAGGUGAACCGCAGCUCCAGGGUGCAGUGUCUGACGGAGCAGGAGGCCAGCUCCAUCUACAUGGACUCCCGCAGCGUCACCCUGAGGGGCACCCUGCCCUCAGGCCGCUACGCCGUGCUGCCCACUACUUUCCUGCCCGGCGCCAGCGGACGCUUCCUGCUGCGGGUCUUCUCCCACGCCCACCUCCACCUCAGGGAGUUGAAUGCAGACCUCCCCUCCCCCUCUUCAUUCCAGUGUUGUUUACCUGAGCCCUGGGUCGUGACCACCGUCCACCUGCAGAGGGCAGAGGUGCUCAGCCGUACCAAAUACACAGCCCCAGAUGUCUAUGCUGUGGUGCGUUGUGAGGACCGCGUAGUGAGGACUCGAGUGCACGAGCAGAACAGCAGCCCAGAGUUCAACCUGAGGACCAUCUUCUACCGACGACAGCCCAGGGCACACAUUUCUGUUGAGUUGUGGAGCCGAGGUCUGAUCCUGGACACCUUUCUGGGGACUGCCAGUCUGCAUACUGCCAAUUCCGAGAGGGGGCGGAGCCACGUGAUUGACCUACGAGGUGGCCUAUCACAGCGCUUAGGAUCCCAGGGGUGUUGUGUCUACGUGGAGACUUCCUCCAGUGAAUGUCUGACUGAUCUGUGAUUGAUUGAUAGCUAAUUUAGCCGAUGGACGGUUGGGAAUUCCUGCAUCAAUUGCGUUUCUAAUUGGACCGUUGUUUGGAUCCCCAAGAAUUGAAGUCAUGAUUUUUCAUAAGCAGCAUGUAAUAAUAACAAAUAAUAAAUGUUUGUCAUUAUGGUUGAUGAUAACUUUUUACAUGUUACAUUAAGGAAAAUACUUUCACAUUUCUAACUAUCAGCAAAUAUUAUGUGGUCAGACAUUGAACAAUGAAAGAAUUAAGGUUUAACAGACUGUGGAGGUGGGGCGGCGUCUGGCCUGCAGGGGGAGUAUGGAGCACCGUGUCUGCUGGGGUGAUGGGGUCUGAUUGCGGACAGGUGUCUGCAAUCUGACCCAAUCAGGAAGUGUGUAUUUAUGUGCCUGCUUGUCUUUCAGUGAGGGGGGGGAGAGAGAGAAGGAAGACGCUCUCUGUGAGCCAGAGAGAGCGUCGUAAGAG